AAUGGCCAAUUCCUCUGUUGUGCUGAUAUGUAUACAAAACCCAGAUUUCAUCAAUAUAACAGUGACUCAUGUCUAUUAAAAUUUCAUCCAAUUUGGUACAAUCGAAAAAGUAUUGCAUGAUCAAAUUCAUAGAUACUUAUCUUUGAACGAAAUAAGCCCAUUUGGAAAGCCUUAAUUUAGUUCGAUAGUGUCCGAACAGCUUAAAAUGCACUUCAAUUAAAUAAUACAAUCAUGCAUGGACUUUCGAUAUUAGUUUAUGAGUCUAAUCGUAAAGGUCUUGACUUUUAAGCUCGUAAUCAAUAUGCAAGAUGUAUAUUGACUAUCCUUAUUAAGAGAUUAUACUGCCUAACAAGUUUAAGGUAUAGUGCAUUCAACUGAACUGCCAAAGAAUGACCCUAUAACCAAAUGGCUCCCUCAUUCUUAAAUGUUACCACCCUAAACUGGAAUCCCUCCUAUACCAACUUAGUUUGCAGAAGCUUUGAACUUUGAUAAAGCAGACGGAGCAUCUGACUAUGAUUCCCAAGAAGAAGAAACAGAAGAUAAAUAAGAAGAAUUGUAAAAAAAUUUUGUGAAUUAUUUCUUAAAAAGGUCUAAUCAAUUUGUUAAGUGUAUGGGAGACAAUUUAACCUAACUUUUUCAGUUCUCACCAGGCUAACGUAUUUCUACCUCAUAACAACUACCAAAUAAUACACAAGUAGAAAAAUAAAUAUUUCAAUCUGAAAUUCUUCCAUAAAGUAAAUCUGAUCAUUUCUACUUAGAAAAAUUGAUUACAAAAGUACUAUAUGCUAAUUGGUUUGAUCCAAAGUAAACAUCCAUGACCAUGAUAUAUAAUAUAUUUAGCACUUUUGGAAACAUUUAAAAGAUGAUUUUCUUUAAGACCAAAUGCAAUGUUUUAAUUGAAUAUUCAACUGAAGUUAGUGUUAAAUUCUUAUUGACUAAUUUCAAUGAAGGAAAUCCAACUCUUUUUGGUUAAAAAUUAAAGGUAAUUUAAAUUAUUCAUCUAGGUGUAUCCUUCAAAUUAUGAAUUUAUAUUCUUUAGAAAUUGUGAAGAAGGUUAAUUACCAAAGAAUACAGAAGAGGAAGAGUUUUAUUUAGGAAAUGAGGCAUCAUUUAGAUACAAAGAUAAUAAUUUCAAAUAUCUUGUUUCACCUUCAUAACAAAUUAUGUUGACAAAUUUAAAAAAGGAAUUCUGUGAAGAAGGUAUUAUUUUUGAUACUUUUUCAAAAUUUGGAUAAAUUGAAAAAAUUAAGUAAGAAUAUUUGUUUAAUUUAGAAUAUUUUGUGAAGAAAAAAACAAAAAUAAAUGUCUAAUCAGAUUUUAAGAAUUAGAUUCAGCAAUUUAAGCUAUGGCAAUAAUGCAUAAUUAUGAAUAUAACAAAAGAAAGAUCUAGAUAUUUUUUUCAAAAAAUAAAACAUGA